AUGGCUGAACCAUCCAUGUCCAAGUCCAUGUCAGCCACUUCUGAUAAUUAUGAAACCAAUAAAAUUCAUGCAACCAAUCUUUGUCUUGGGAAAUCAAAGUGGAUUGAUUCAAUUUUUCCAAUCUACGACCAAAUGAUGCAAAAAACAAAGUUCCCAACAUGGGUAAUGAGCUUUAUAACAAUAAUUCUUAUGAUGCAAACAUUAUCCGUUGGGCUUUGGAUCUAUUCUCCAAUCUUUGAUAACGUUACACCAAAGUGGAGGAAUUUUUAUAUUAAAUUAUUAACAGUAUUCAUAUUUACCGAUCCUUUAGAUGUUUCAAAUACAAACGGAAUCACAAUGAUCAUAUCGAUAUGCGUGGCACUAUUCUCCCUUGUCUAUAUGUUAUUCCUAGCAUGGUAUCAGAAGAAAUUUUACCAAAUCCCACCAGUUUACCUCUAUAUUUGCUCUUUUAUUAUUGAUAUCGUUGACUCCCUUUUCAUAAUUCCGAGUGUCAACGUCAUAGAUCAUGGUGUUGUAUCAUUAAAGUACGGAUAUCAUCCAGUAUUUGUUGCUGAGAUCGUUGUGGGAGCAGUUUCCUUUGUUGCAUUCUCAGGAAUUUUCUUAAUAACAACAAAUUUGAAAUCCCGAUCAGUUGUUCUUACGAAUUUAUUAUUCCCGUUGUUCGAUCACUUUGCUGUUACACUAUGGGUCAUUGCAACCUCAUUCUUUUCAUUAAUUUCAGCCCUCUUUAACUAUUACCAUGACUGGUUAUAUCUUGUUGGCAAUACAAUUCACUUAUUAUUGACGAUUUUUAUUUGCUACAAGUUCUCAUACAUGCCAUUCUACGAACUUUGGAGAAACUCAAUGUGUAUGGCAUUCAGUAUCACUAGUAUUGCAUUGGAUCUCAACUAUUAUGUCCUUGACUUGACAGGCCUUACUUAUAACUAUACAAUUAUUGUUUAUAUUUGUGCUUUCUUCAUUAGUUUAGUUCUAUCACAAAUCUAUUUCAAGUAUGCAGUUAAGAAGAUUAAAAAGCAACUUACCGAAAAUCCUGAAGUAGAAAGUGUCAAUGACUAUCUUGAAUCACUCAAAUUCACAAAGAAUUCAGAAAGAGCAAUGAUGUAUAUCAAUGUUGGCCUAACACAAAUAUGUGACUACUUUAUCGAUGGAUCUAUAACUAAUUAUAUUAUUAGUGCAAACAGUUCUGAUGAAUCAACCUCAAUUUUGUUACAAAUUUUAACUUUCUUCCCCUAUGCUUCUCGAAACAUGAAUGUUCUCUUUAAGAAGUUAGUUAAUAAGAAGAAAUUGAAAAUUGCAGACAGAUUCUUGAUCUAUCAAACAUAUAGAAUCAAACUAAGAAGAUUAGUUUCUGAUUCUAAGGACACAAUUGAGAUCUUUAACAUGUUAAACAAAAGGACAGAAGAAUGUAAGAACUUAAUAAAUGCAUUCUAUGACAGUCCAAAUAACUCAUAUACUUAUGUUUCUUCUCUUGGAUUAAUUAUGAAUGAUUUGAAUUCGAAAUUUGAAUCCGUAAUCAAAGAAAUACCAAACAAUGUCAGGAUUAUGAAUUUAUACUCCGAAUUCUUGACAGAGUGUUUAUGUUAUUUCACUCAUUCAGUUAGAAUUAAGAUUAAAUCAGAUGCUAUCUCUGAAGGAAAAAAUUUCAAUGUUGAUGUCAGUUUCCAUUCCUUAGUUAAUAAAUUCCCAAGAUUAUUAAAGGACAAGCAUGUAGAUACAAAAGGCAACAGAAUAUCAAAGAAGAAUGGUGAUUCAAAUGCAGAUGGAAGUACAAAGAAAUCUGGUUCCUCAUCAGUUAACAAUUCCUCCUUAAAUUCAUCUGAAUAUGAUGUUGAAUUGCAAGAAAGUGUUUGCCAGAAAACAAUUCGCCAGGCAACUGCAAGAUUGGCACUGCAUAAUGCUAUUGUUGAUUCUCAACCAAAAGAGAUUGCAUAUAUCAAGAUCAUAACAACAUGUUUGUUGGUCCUGAACUUUAUUGACUUCUUAGUUCUUUACUUCUUUGUUAUAUCUCGUUUGGAAUGGAGAAAGAAGAGCUAUGAGAAUGUUGGAAAUCUUGGUUAUUCAACAUUCUAUCAUAUUUAUUCCAACUUGUUCUUAUUGAUCGAAUUUUCAGUUGAUACAGGAAGGUAUGAUGAAGGCACAAAAUAUAUUGGUGACAUAUCAAUUGAUUCAACAUUUACUCUAUCAAUUCUUCCAAGAAAUAUUACAACACCAAUGAAGGCUUAUACAUGCACAAACAGGAGUAACAGUUAUUUGGGCGACUUAAUUGAUAGUUUUGCAGUUCUUUGCGAAGGGAGAAAUCCAUUUGAUAUUUCCAAUACUUUGGUAUCAGGAAAUUCUGUAUAUAAAGUAUGUGUUGAUGCAAAACCAAUGGGAAAUAUUUCGGCAUCAUUAAAGAAUCAAAUUGUUACGUCCAACUACUUAUCUGCAAACAUUGCAGGUACAAUGCAAUCAGGUAUCAGAUAUCCAAACAUUUUUGCUGAUAAUGAUUACUGUCAGAAAAUGUUGAAUGAUGGGUUGGUAAUUGGAAACACUUUUAGCGCUUUGGAUGAACUAUUAGCAUUUUAUCUUAGGUUAUCAUCACAUAAUAAGUUGUAUUUCCUUAUUAUUACAGUUAUUAUCCCUGCUAUUGUUUUUGUCUUAACAGUAACUAUCUUUUCUCUCAUAAUUUAUUCAUACCAAAGAAGAGAAAGUAAAUUAUUCAAAGCUUUGCAUAAUUUACCAAACCCAAUCAAAGAUGAUUCCAAAUCUCCACUAUUGUUUAAGAAUGAAGAUUCUGAAUCAAAUGCAAAUAACAAAUUAAAGACAACAAAUAUCAUGAAUCAACUUCCUUUCUUCAUCUAUUUGUUCUUAUUAGUUGUUAUUGCUGUUUUCGUCUCAGUUGGAUUUAAUGCUAUCAAGUUAGAUUCAUUGCUUACUACAAUCUUGAACUGGUUCUACUUCUCGUGCUCAAGAAUUGUUAUUGCAAGCCAACUUGGAAACAAUGCAGUCCAAAUGAUUUUGAUGAAUGAUUCAUUACCACAACAAAUCACUGAUUUCGAAACAUUAAAAGAUAAUGCUGUUGAAGACUUAGAGAAAAUGAUUUUGGAAAACAAGGAACUUAUGUAUGGAACUGAUACUCAACCAGGAAGUUUGAAUUUUGAUAAAAAAUUAGAUGAAUAUCAAUUGCAAGGCAAUUGUGAAAUUCCUGGAACUCCAACUUCUAUUCAUGAUAUGUAUGCGUGCACAAGUAUUACUCAACAAAUGAUUAUGUAUAGAAACAUGGUUAAUAACAUAUUUAAAGAUCCUCAAUCCUUCCAAGGCACAUUAAAUGGAGAAGUUGCCUCAAACAUGAUUCAUAUUCUUAGAUUCCACAUUUACCCUGCAAUUAUUAAAGUCACUAAGAGAAUUGGAGAAGUAAUGGAAGAAACAUAUGAUACAAGAAUGGCCGAUCAACUUAUAUUAGUUAUUGUUGGUCUUGCAUGUUCUGUUGUAUGUUUUAUUUUGCCAUUCCUCUUCAACAGACUCCUAUUGCUCGAAUACAAAACUGUUAUGGUUUUAAUCAAGAGAUUACCUCCAAAAGUUGUUGCAGAAACACCCGAAAUUUUGGAUUUCUUCUCAUGCAGAAAGAAAACAAAGAAGGAGGGAAUGAGUUUGUACAAAUCAAUUGUCUUCCAGACAAGCGAAUGUAUCAUAAUAACAAAUCAGAAUGCAACAAUAGAGAUUGUUAAUGAUAGUGUUGCAGCUAACCUCGGUUUCUCUCCAGACCAGAUGUUAGGACAACAGGUAACUAACUUCAUCAACGGAAAUGACUGCCAGAAGAUCAAUGAGCAGAUUGACCUCAUGAUAAAUAACAAUGGUCCUAGAAUCUGGGAGGAUCAUAUCGAGAUGAUCAAUGAUAAGAACGAGAUGAUUCCUUUUGCAGUUACUAUGAUCGGAAUCUCUGAUGCUAACUCGAACCAAGUCACAUCGAUUGUCCUAAGCUUCACUAAUGAAAGUGAAGUUAUCGAGAAGCGCAAGGCAGCAGACAUAGCAAAAGCAAAAUCAGAGAAACUACUUUAUCAGAUAUUGCCGAAGGACAUUGUUGUCAGAUUGAACAGAGGUGAAACAGACAUUUCAUUCACAAUUCCAUCUGCAACAAUAUUCUUCAUCGAUAUCGUUAAAUUCUCAGUCUAUGCUUCAAGUCUGACACCAUCUGAGAUUAUGACAAACUUAUCCACUGUUUUCGCGGCCUUCGACCAGAACGUAUCUAAAUAUGACCUGAUCACGAAGAUCAAGCUUAUUGGUGAUGUCUAUAUGGCAGCUGCAGGUCUCUUCCAAGGAGAAGAAGAUGACCCAACGAAGCACGCAGAUCAAUCAAUCAAAUGCUGUCUAGACUGUAUAAAGUCUAUGGAUGAGAUAAACUCAAACCUCGAAUCAUCAAUUGAAGUCCGUAUUGGUGUCAAUAGUGGAGGUCCUCUGAUUGGAGGUGUCCUUGGAAGUGAUAAGCCAACAUUCGACAUCAUUGGUGAUACGAUCAAUGUUGCAGCAAGACUUCAGUCAACAGAUAUCCCUGGACGUAUUCAGAUCUCAGAAGGAACAAAGUCUCUUAUCGACGGACUCGACUAUAUCAUUGAAGAACGAGGUGAGAUCUUCUUGAAAGGAAAAGGAAACCGCAAGACUUUCUUUGUUUCACAUCCAAACAAGAACAAUAGCAUCGAAAACUCUCUCUUAUUGAAUUUGAGCCUUCAAUCAGAAAACUAA